AUGGACCUCUUCCGCGUCAGGUUGAAUUGCAUAGACCACUACCAGGCAACACCGACGCACUACGAUCCACAAUUACGGAAUGAUGUCGGCCCUGCACAGGCAAAGAAAGGGCCCAAGGUCCCCGUAGUGAGGGUUUUCGGUUCGACGGAAACGGGUCAGAAAGUCUGCGCUCAUAUUCACGGCGCCUUCCCAUACGUCUAUGUUGAGUAUCACGGCAGCUUAGAGCCCGAAGAUGUGGGCGCAUACAUCUAUCGACUUCAUCUUUCUAUUGAUCAUGCCUUGGCGGUCAGCUACCGGCGUGAUCAAUUUGGAGAAAAUGCGAAAUUCGUCGCCCGCAUUACCCUAGUCAAAGGUGUGCCGUUCUACGGCUUUCAUGUGGGAUACUGUUUCUUCCUCAAGAUCUACAUGUUCAAUCCCAUCGUAAUGACCAGGCUGUCCGAUUUGCUUCAGCAGGGUGUCAUUCUCAAACAGAAAUUUCAGCCCUACGAAGCUCAUCUCCAAUAUUUGUUGCAGUUCAUGACCGACUAUAACCUUUACGGGUGUGGCUACUUGGAUGCGUCUGAUGUCCACUUCAGAGGCCCGAUACCAUCUUUUGAGAAGGAUGGAAAUUCCCAGCACCUCUGGAAUGACCGGACGAUUCCUCGGGCUCGAGUCCUCGAUGACCUGAGUCUGCCCAGGGUCAGCCACUGCUCCAUCGAGGUAGACAUUUGCGUCCAACACAUCACCAAUCGGCGAAUGGUGAAGGAGCGCCGGCUGCAUCACGACUUUGUGGAACGUCUGAAGCCUCUUCCAGCAGACGUUAAGCUCGUUUACAGUAUGGCUGGCUUAUGGAAAGAUGAGACUCGUCGCCGCAAGAUGAAAAUGCCCAACGCGGAUCCAGGAAGCAGCCCUUUUCCGGCAGAAGUCUUGGUCUCAAUGUCUGCAAGUAAGCGCGACUCUCAACCGCAAGGAUGGAUACACGAGGAAGAGUACAAGGAAGAAGUCGCCAAACUCAUCGAAACCGAAAAGGGUUCGGAAGAUUCUGCGACGCCGAGCUUUGAGACCUUUGUAGAACAUUCGCCACUUGAAGCGGCCGUAAAUACCGCGCUCCAGUCGGUAGAAGAUUUAUAUCCCGUCAACCUUUUGCCUGCUCUCGGAUUGCCGUCGAACCAUGUACCGGCAAACAAGAAUCCAGCCAGCAGCAUUGAGGUUGACGAACAAGGCGUCCUCGAUCUGGGCGUUGAUGAUUACGACCCUUAUCCAGCCGACUCCGACGAAGAGGCUCUCAUUGAGAUGAGCGAGCCAAAGACGAGGCAGGAUGGCCAAACCAAGGACACUGGCAAUGAUGGCAAGGAGGGACCGAACAGAGGUAAAGCCGUAUCUACCAGCAGCGGUAUGCCAGUCAAAAAGACAGUCAAUGGGCUAGGAUCCGAUGUGUUCCUCCAUGAAUACGAAGGCGUCUGUGCCAGCAGAUUGAAGACUGGAAACCCACCAAUGGUGCCGGUUUGGGACGAUUUGCUCGAUAUGGCCGAAGAGGAAGGGCUCGUGUCCAAACUCCCAGAGACUUCGGGCCCGCGUCACCGUCGUACAGAAUCAGUAAAGCGAUCCAUGUCUCCGCACGCGACAGCAUCUUCUACCAAACGUCCGAGAUUCGAGCCUCCAGUCACUCCGGCGUCUAAAGCGUUGAUGCCCAAAUCAUCGCUCAAAGGCAUCCUGAGUAAUGGCACAGCUUCUGAGAAGCAUCAGGUCACGAUGUUGCCGACAAAUUCUCAAGAAAACCCCCGACCAUCACAAAUUACAGGCUCGAGAUCUGUGGUCAAUCAUUUAUUGGCUUUUCCAGUGGUCAAAAGCCAGGAGGACCCAGGCACGAAACUUCGAUUGAGCCAGAUGAGCCAGCCCGGAGCUUCGCAACAAGCCGAAAGGCACCCCCAAAAGCAUGUUUCAUUCAGUGUAGCCCCGGAAACGACUCGAAGCAAGCCCGAUCCGAUUACUCCUGCAAAGAAGGUCCGAAUCGCGACUCCUUCGACGGAUUCGCCAGGGACCGAAGCAGGGACAGAAAAAAUACUAAACCGUAUCCAGAAAGCGAUCGGAUCCUUUUCCACAAAGCGCCAGUGUGUGAUUGGCGUCCUGCCUCCCGCUCCAACACUUAUCACGGCGACAAUGAAGGACUUGCAAAUUCCCGAUAUGAUCUACCAAGAUGCAUACUAUAGCGAAGAAAAGGAUGUCCCGGUGCGUCCCAGGGAGUAUGCUGGCCGGGAAUUCCGGCUCGAGAGCAACACUUUACCGUACCUAGCGGACUUUGAUCCAUCCGGGACAUCUGCCGCUAGCAUGGGCAUCAAAUCAGAUACACCCAUCGACAAGACCAAGAAUGACGUGCGUUAUGACGCCCAAGCAAGUUUGUGUUCUUACCGAAGUUGGGAGAUAGCUGAGCCGCCGCCGAGCGCCAAAGAAGUUCAGGAUUGGUGGAAUAAGAAGCACCCAGUACAGAAAAAGAAAACAAAUAUGGCUGCAAAAAUCACAGGCACCCCUCAACCCACGAGACGCGACCUGUCCCAGAUUGACGGGCCCACCCCAAAGAAUAAACAUGGCUUCAAGUACUUGCCCAAGAAAAAGUCGACAAGUGUCAAGCACGAGGCGCAAUACAUGAGUACCAUGGCCCUGGAGAUUCACGUCAACACGAGGGGCAAGUUUGUUCCCAAUCCUGACGAAGAUGAGGUACAGUGCAUAUUCUGGUCUAUUAAAGCAGAUGGCACCGCCAGCAGCAGUCAGGAAGCUUCAGGGGGGAUUAUUGCUGGCGUCGUUGUCUCGUCGCCAGACGGAUCGCUCGCUCAGAGGAUGCGGCGGUAUGUUUCCGCAGAGGUUGUUGAGGAAUCGUCCGAGCUCGACGUCAUGGUUCGCAUGGUGCAAAUUGUCAGAGACCACGAUCCUGAUGUCCUGACAGGAUAUGAAGUCCACGGCAGCUCAUGGGGCUAUCUAAUCGAAAGAGCCCGUGUAAAAUAUGACUACGACCUGUGCGAUGAGUUUUCACGUAUGAAGAGUAACUCUCAUGGCCGCAUCGGGAAGGAAAACGAUCGAUGGGGUUUCAACACGACGUCGACGAUCCGCGUGACUGGCAGACACAUGAUCAACAUAUGGCGAGCCAUGAGGGGAGAAUUGAAUCUGCUUCAAUAUACGAUGGAGAACGUUGUUUGGCACGUUCUGCACCGCCGCAUACCUCACUAUUCCUGGAGAACCCUGACAGAGUGGUACAGCAGCAGCAGACAGAGGGAUCUCGACAAGCUGACGCGGUAUUACUUUACGCGAACGAGAAUCGACAUUCAGAUCCUGGAGUCCAACGAGCUCAUCCCUAGAACCAGUGAGCAGGCCAGGCUGUUGGGGGUGGACUUCUUCUCGGUCUUUUCACGUGGAUCUCAGUUCAAGGUUGAGUCCAUCAUGUUCAGAAUCGCGAAACCCGAGAACUUCAUGCUAGUCUCCCCUAGUCGGAAGCAAGUCGGCGGUCAAAACGCACUCGAAUGUCUCCCCUUAGUGAUGGAGCCUCAAAGCGACUUUUACAACAGCCCGCUACUGGUACUCGAUUUCCAGAGUCUGUACCCCAGUGUCAUGAUUGCCUAUAACUUGUGCUAUUCGACAUUCCUCGGCAGGAUUGUCAACUGGAGGGGGAUGAACAAGAUGGGCUUCACUGAGUACCAGAGGCACAAGAGGCUACUGGAGCUCCUCAAGGACCACAUUAACAUCACGCCCAACGGUAUGAUGUAUGUCCGGCCUGAGAUUCGGAAAUCUCUCCUCGCAAAGAUGCUUGGCGAAAUCCUGGAGACCCGAGUCAUGGUCAAGAGCGGGAUGAAGCAAGACAAGGACGACAAAACGCUGCAGGCGCUUCUCAACAACAGGCAGUUGGCACUGAAGCUUCUGGCCAAUGUUACCUACGGCUACACGUCGGCAUCUUUCUCCGGCCGUAUGCCUUGCUCGGAGAUCGCCGACAGCAUAGUUCAGACAGGCCGAGAGACGCUUGAGCGAGCGAUUGCGUUUAUUCAUUCACAGGAGCAAUGGGGAGCGGAGGUAGUCUACGGCGACACGGACAGUUUAUUCGUGUACCUCAAGGGCCGAACCAAGGAUCAGGCUUUCGACAUUGGCAAUGAAAUUGCCAAGGCCAUUACCGACAUGAACCCCCGACCGAUCAAGCUCAAGUUUGAAAAGGUCUACCACCCGUGUGUUCUCCUGGCGAAGAAGCGAUACGUCGGCUACAAGUACGAGAGCAAGGACCAGGUCAAACCCGAAUUCGACGCCAAAGGCAUUGAGACGGUGAGGCGGGAUGGCACGCCGGCAGAGCAGAAGAUUGAAGAGAAGGCCCUCAAGCUCCUCUUCGAGACGGCGAACCUCAGCGAGGUCAAGGCCUACUUCCAGAAGCAGUGCGAGAAGAUCAUGCGCGGAUCCGUCUCGGUGCAGGACUUUUGCUACGCGAGGGAGGUGAAGCUCGGCACAUACAGCGACAAGGGCCCGCCGCCGCCGGGCGCGCUCAUUAGCACCAAGAAGAUGCUCGAAGACGCGCGCGCCGAGCCGCAGUACGGAGAACGGGUUCCAUAUGUCGUUAUCACGGGGGCUCCGGGGGCGCGGCUAAUUGACCGGUGCGUGGCGCCGGAGGAUCUCCUCAACGACUCGCACUCGCAGCUGGACGCGGAGUACUACAUUUCCAAGAACCUCAUCCCGCCUCUGGAGAGGAUCUUCAACCUGGUGGGCGCCAACGUGCGGCAGUGGUACGACGAGAUGCCCAAGGUGCAGCGGAUUCGGCGGGUGGAUCAGACGCUCGGGGCGGCGGGUGGGCUCGGCAGCAACAAGACGCUGGAAUCAUACCUCAAGUCCGCGUCUUGUAUCUCGUGCAAUGUCAAGAUGCAGGUGGAGGGCGUGCUGUGCGAGAAGUGCCAGCAGGACGCGCCGCGUUCGCUGUUUAGCCUGCAGACGCGGUUGAAGGACGAGGAGAGGAAGUAUAUGGACGUGGUGAGGAUCUGCCGGAGCUGUUCAGCGCUGCCGGCGGCAGACGAGGUGCCGUGCGACAGCAAGGACUGUCCCGUGUUUUACUCGCGUGUGAAGCAGGGCGCGCGGCUGAAGAUGGAGAAGAGCGCGCUGGAGCCCGUUAUUCGGGAGCUGGUCGCGAAGGCGGGAAGGGCCGCGUUGGAGUGGUGA